UGUACGUGUAAUGAGUGCACGUGUGACUCCAAAGGUCGUGGUACUCGGAAACGUGAGAAAGACAAGGUGCACCAAUUCUUAAUGGGACUCGAUGAAUCAAGUUUGGGGGCUCUUAAGUCCAGUCUGCUCUCUCGUGAUCCUUUACCAACUUUGAAUCAAGCUUUUUCCAUUGUUCAAAGGGAUGAGACAGUGAAGCUUGGUACAAAAGAAACUGAGAUUAGGCCUGAGAUUGUGGGGUUCUCUGUUCAGUCCAGCUCACGAGGACGUGUAGAUUACAAAGAGAAAAUCUGUAAUAUUUGUGGGAAGAAGGGACAUGGUGAGGAACGUUGCUAUGCGCAUAUCGGUUACCCAGUUUGGUGGAAAGGAACUCGGGUUGACACGGCGGGGGUCUCGAAAUCAGAUCGUGGGGUAUCACCAACACUUCCUCUUGCAAGACCUAAGGCAUCUGCUCAUGUUAUCGGUUUGCAACCAUCGGAUAAAGAGAAUUCUGCCGAGACAUCAUCUUUGAGUGUAAUUCCUGGUGGGUUCACGGAUGAGCAAUGGAGAAUCUUGAUGAGUACUUUCCAUAAAGGGAAAAAAACAGCCUCUGAAACUCUCUCGGGACCGUUCCAGGAUGCUGAUUGGAGCAGGUGAGGAAAGGGAUGGGCUUUACUAUUUUCGAAAGGUGAAUGCAGUGAACGUGAUUGGCUUGCAUGCGAGUGUCUCCUUGGAUGUGUGGCAUCAGCGUUUUGGGCAUCCAUCCUCUAAAGUUAUUUCUUUAAUUCCAAAUAUUGGUGUUAGUAGUACUAAGGAAAAUUCUGAUUCGGUGUGUGAAGUGUGUUUCCGCUCCAAACAAACCAGAGAUUGUUUUUCUACAAGUGAUAAUAAGACAACAGAUAUUUUUCAGCUUA